GGAAGCAUUCGGGGGGCAUCCCGGAGAAUGGUGGCUCUGCGGGCGUAACAGAAUUCGCAAGAGUGAGGGGGUUCUGAGGGCUCCAGGACUAGCGAAGGUGUGUCCGGAGACUUUGUCACCAAUGUCAGUGCUGAAGUCUGGCUGGCCCCACCGAGGGGAGAGCCUCACCCCUUGGGAGCUAGGUCCGCCAGCCGACUCAGACACUGACCCAGGCCACUUGCCCAAGGAGGAUCCUGAGGAAACUUCUGAGCAGGACCCUGAAAUUCUGAGCUUGGGGCUUCCUGGCUUGGACACCAACUGGGCCCCCAACCAGCCUGGGCUUCGGAUCCUCCUGCAGCAGCUGCCUCCACAGGACAGCGACGUUCUACAACCUUCCUCUGACCCAGCGGCUAAGCCUUCUCUCUCCAAUCGAACUUCAGUCUUGCCUGCUGGGGGCUCUCCCACUCACAGUGGAGGCCUGUUUUUGCAGGAGCGCUACUGCCUGGCCCUUGGGGAGGAUGAGCUGGCAGAGCUGCGGCUCUUCUGUGCUCAGAGGAGGCGGGAGGCCCUGGGACAGGGGGUGGCCCUCCUGGUACCUCCCGAGCUGCCAGAACACACCUGCGAGAAGUGCAGGGAGCGGCUGAGGCCAGGGGAGUACGGAGUGUUCGCAGCCCGGGCAGGGGAGCGGCGCUACUGGCACCGGGCUUGCUUUGCCUGCCAGGCCUGCGGCCAGGCCCUGAUAAACCUCAUCUACUUCUACCACGACGGGAGUCUUUACUGCGGCCGCCAUCACGCAGAGCUGCUGCGGCCGCGCUGCCCGGCUUGUGACCAGCUGAUCUUCUCCCGGCGCUGCACCGAGGCGGAGGGACGGCGCUGGCACGAGAACCACUUCUGCUGUCAGGACUGCGCCGGGCCCUUAGGCGGGGGACUUUAUGCCCUGCCGGGGGGCGGCCCCUGCUGCCCCAGCUGCUUUGAGAGUCGCUAUUCGGUUUCCGGCUCGAGCCGGGCCCAGACACUGGAAGGGGAGGCUGGUGUUGACAGAGUUGAAGAAAGGGACCGCACCCCGCUGGAUGCCGCUACGGUCUCCCGAGCUGCCCUUCUCGCCGCUGCCCCCCGCUCCAGUCUGGAAACCCAGAGGGAGCUGCUUGGAUCCAGUCCAAGGCAGCAGCGUCGAACGGGGGACAAGGUGGAGGCACCCACAGGGCGGGAGCAGGGCCGCCUGGAGACGCCCCUCGAUGCCUGCCCCACCUGCUCCUCUUCUUCUGACUCGGAACCCGAAGGCUUUUUCUUAGGCCAGCGUCUUCCCGGGCCCUGGAAGACCCCCAGAAGCCUCCAAGCUGGGGACAGCGACACCUCCAGGAAGCACUGCACCAUUUGCUAGUGGCGCAGCCCGGAGACGGGGGAG